ACUUCACUCAGUCUCGUUUGAGUCCUUGUCGAGUGCAGGUGUAGAACGUCCUUCCAGGAUUCUCAAGUUCAGGCGAAUAAGGAUGGAUUCCAUCGAGGGGAACAUCAAGCUGCUCCUCCAAGGGAAAGAAAUCGAGGAAUCGCAAGAAUUUUGUGACUUUACCCUCGACGACCAGAAUGAGGUUACAGCCGCGAAAGGUGUUGCUCCCUCCUCUCCAGCGGAGUUCACACCAAUACUAAAGGACAACGUUUGCUUCAUUGUGGCAGCUGUCCUGGUCAACUCAGAGGGCCAAGUGUUAAUGAUGCAGGAAGCCAAGAGUUCCUGUGCUGGACAGUGGUAUCUCCCUGCAGGACGCAUGGAGCCUGGCGAAAGUAUUGUGGAAGCAGCAAAGAGAGAGGUACUAGAGGAAACUGGACUAGAAGUUGACAUCUCUACACUACUUAUGGUUGAGUCAGCGUCCGGGUCAUGGUUCAGGUUCGUUGUGACUGGCAGUGUCACAGGAGGAGAACUCAAGACUCCAGCAUGUGCAGAUAAGGAAUCAUUGCAAGCCAAGUGGGUGGAGAACCUAGGGGAACUCAGUCUCCGUGGAAAUGACAUUUACCCGCUGAUCCAGAGAGCGAAACAGUACUGGGAGAAUCAGGAGUCUUGGCACCCACUGGUUCUCCCUGUGACCAGACCCCACACUCGAUUGCUGAUGAGAUUGGUGAUUGCCAUUCGCAAGAGGGUCAAUAACCGUGUGUGUGUGUUGACAAGUGAUAAGACAGCCACCCAUCUUCCAGUAACCGAAAUCAAUCCAGUUCGCUCCCUUCACUCUACUUUAAGAAAAUAUAUGACUGAGAUUUUUGGGUCAGAUCUGCCCCCCCACAGACCCCAAGGCGUCCUCAAUGUUGAACUUCAAACAAGCUCCCCCAGAGGCAAUCAUGAUGGUCUGUGUGUCACAAUACUUGUCCCAAUACGCAAAGCACUGGAGGAGGUUCCGCUCAUAGACAAAUACUCUUGGGUAGAAUUGCCCAAACCACUUGGUGAAGACCUCCUUAAUCGCAUGGGCAAGAACAUGAUUGUACCCUUGAAUGUGAUACGAGUGGCUACACUAAUCAAUUGAGUUUGCUGUCUCCCUCCCUGCCUCACCAGUCGCUGUUCGUGGUCAGUCCCCCCAAACGCUUCUGGAUUAUUCCCUGGCUAUGAGCCUUUCCCUUUCCAUAACACUGUGUAUAUAUAUAUUUUUUUUACAUUCUCUUUCGUUGGCAUAGCACCCUCUUCACCCAUCACUUCCUUUUUCUUUCCUUUUCUUUUUUUCUGUGGAAUGAAGGAGUUAAAUACAGUAUAUAUGUUGUGUUUUCAGUAAAUGAAAUUGCUAUAGCCUGGCAAAAUCCAAUGAUGUAUAGACCAUGCAAUGCUGUCUGUUUGUAAUUAUUUUGUGGACUAAUAUAUAUACAUAUGUAUAUUUUGGCUUUAAGUUUUGGAUUUUACAGGUUUUGUGUGUUUUAUGAUGUGCUCACGGAGAUGGAAAUUGUGAAGCAGUUGUAUGUAAAGUUCUGUAGUUGUCUAAAAAUAAUAAGAAAGGAAAGGAUUGAGGAAGGGCAACGUGCUGUACCUCCAGAAACUUCCUGAGGCUGCAGAAUAUUUCCAAUGUCCAGUAUUUAUUGUAAUUAAAUAUAUUUAAGCAUUAAAAAAAAAAAAAAAAGUGACUGUGUGACUAGAGUGAAAUCUAGACAAGGUCACAAGGGCACGUACUUGAAAAAAGCAGGCUAUUUUAAUACAUCUUUGCUUCGACAGUAUUUCUUGUCAUCUAUAAAUCACACCCAAAACACCUUUUUUUUUAGUCUAGACUUCCUAGCACCAGCACCAUUUUAUUUUAUUCAUAUUUUUAUUUUUUAUUUUUUUUAUGGUUCAAGAUUGACCUAAGAAGACAAGAAGUCAUUUCAGGUUUUUGUUUGUUUGUUAUAUAAUUGAUGAACAUUUCAACACACAUGUUAACAAUGAUAAUCAUUUUGUGGUUAAAGAUAAUAUUAUAAGACUACUUCAUUUUACAACAUAUCUUCAGUUAAAAACUCACCUUUUUGAGAAAUAUUUUUUAUUAGUAGAAUCUUUUUAUAAUGUUAUAAGAAUAUUUUAUUUCAUGACUUUUCCUCUGUUAAAACUCACCUUUUAGGAAGAUGUUUUGAUUAGUAAAAUCUACUUUCUAGUAGAAGCUAGUUAUUGAAGUUUUAAACAUAGCAAAGAAUGUUUAUGAUUAGUUAUGAAAGCAAAAUUGUUUGAGCCUUUUCAUGCAAAAUGAAGAUGAUGUCUUUAAAUGUCCUUGUUUACUUUCAGCUUUUGGGAAUCGUGUGCCUAAGUUGAAGUCAAGUAAGGGACGCUAGUGGAAGCCGGGACCAGCUAAUGUGUCCAGUUAGAUCACAUCUGGGUGUAACAUGUGAUUCAUUGCUUAGAUAUUUGCCAUUCUCCAUUGCUUUACCUUUUUUUCUUACUAAAAAAAUAUUUUCUUUUUUUAGUAUUUAAUUAGUAUUUAAAGCCUGUUAGGGUAAAGAAGUUACUUUAAUUUGAAUGAUUUAUAUAUUUUUGAGUACCUAAUUAUUGUUUUAUUCUUUUUUAUCUUUUAUUUAAAUCUAAAACUAGUUUUGCUUUGAAGUUUAAGAUGUAGCAGUGAACUGCAAUGGAGUUUUGGUAGUAUCAAAGUGAUUUAUGCAUAUACCUGUUAGAUACAAUAAGCCAGUAUUGCCAUUACCAAUAUGAAACUUAAUUGUUAAAUCUGUCUAUUUAUUCAAGUGCACUAAGUUUACUAUCUUGAUGAAAUUUUAAAUAAUCUUAAAAUGCUUACUUUAUGAGUUCUUCACAUAAGUCUACCUUCCAUACUCAGCCUGUUUUCUCCAUAUAUAAUAAGUAUGGAGUUUUUUCCAUUUAAUUUUAUUGUUUAUUCUUAUACCUGACUCUUAAUACUUUUAAGAAAUGAACUUCAACUGGCAUUUUAACAGGUUCUCUUGCACACUAUCGCAUCUGGUCUUUGCUCUUACUUUCAUAUAAGACCGUUUGACAUUUCAUACUGGCUUCGGGUUGUAUCAUUAUUUCCCUUACUUGACUUCUCUCAAAGGAAAAAGGGGGUUUCUUUUUCAGGAGUUAAAUGAAAAUAUGCUGUCUCACUUUUUUUUUUUCAAACUUGAUUUUUUGUUUCUUAUCUUUUUUUUAUGUAUGUCUCUCUGGAGUACAUGUGGCAUCUAGAGCAUGAAUUUACAGAAGUGUCUAAAUUUCUAGUGUAUUUUCCAGGGAUUUUGCUGGGGUCAAUUUUGUGAAUUCUCAGAGCACUUCACAGAAUUUCAUUACUUUCCGUGUUCAUCUUGCUUACCAAGUUUAUUUUAUUUCUUACUUGGUUUGGUUUUCUUACAAAGGUAUGAUACAUUGUGGUAAGAGUGGUAUCACAGAUGGUUAUUGGGUAGUGGAUUUGAUCUUCAGUGAUAAUAAUUGGUCUUGAAAGUCACUGUGUGAAUUUUGUUUACAGUUUCAUAUCUCUUUUUCAUCACCUUAAGGCAUGCUGUCCUUGUUAUCUUUGCUCUUCAGUAAAAUACUGAAAAAUGUUUGUUAAGAUGAAUUUUUGUUAUUUCCUCUUUUAAUAACUGUAUUUAGACCUGUUGUAUCUAUGCAUCCUCUUCCAUGGAAACAAUUUACCAGCAUUGGAUAAAGUAUCUGUUCAUGUAUAUGCAUGUGCAUAUGCAUAUUUGAAUGUAUAUGUAUAUUUAUAUGCAUAUAUAUCUUUAAUAGGCCUACUAACUUAGAUUAAUGGUAAGGAAAGAAUUUGGUACAACAUAACUGUAGUAAAAGAUUGGACAUGAUAAUAUGUAUAGGUUGCUGUCAGUCCCAUGGAAUGUUAUAUAACUGUUCAUGUAUAUUAUUAAGACUUAAGUUUUCUGUAGACUUCUUAGAUACUGUUUCCAUUUUUAUAAUAAUUUAUAUAUUUUUCAGUUUCUUUUUUUGAUGUUUCACUUCAUUUUUAAAAAUCAAAUAAAGUUUAUUUUUAUAUCUUUACUGAAUUACAUAGUAUAUACUAUAUGGUAACUUUUAUCUAAAAAAAUGUGAUUUAUGAUUAAAAAUAUUUUUUUUCAUCA